UAUGGAACUAAAACCCCGCUGGGCAACCCAAGAAUAUACAACUGUAAACAGUGUAACAGAGCCUUCACCAGAGAAGAGCAUUUGACCAGACACACCCUCAGCACCCACAACAAGUUGAAGCCCUUCACAUGUGGCAUCUGUUCACGACCCUUUUCCAGAAGAGACUUGUUGUUGAGACAUGCCAAAAACUUGCACCAGGGCUCUGAACUCGCUGUCAGUAGAAUCAGAAAGCUGUACAAACGUAACGAAAUCAACCAGUACCAGCAUUCUACUGCAGCUGGCCAUAAUGAAGACGACGUGUCAUCGCCAUCUUCGUCAGGAAGUUCGCCUUCUACAUCUGCAAACCCUACAGUACCAGCACCAACACCUUCUUCCGGUAAAGACUUCGAGACGUCGGAAAAGAAACGCAUGAAGAUGUCGGUCAACAUGUUGGUGAGUUAA